CUGCUAAAAAUACCCGGCUGGACACCCAUAAAAGCGCGGCCGGGACUCCAGCGCAGCACUUCUCGGAUCUUCAGCCCAGAGCAUCUAGGAUACCCAUCCCGACCCAGCCAAGCCCAGCGACAUGACCGAGCGCCGCGUGCCUUUCUCGCUCCUGCGCAGCCCUAGCUGGGAACCGUUCCGGGACUGGUACCCGGCUCACAGCCGCCUCUUCGAGCAGGCCUUCGGGGUACCGCGGAUGCCCGACGAGUGGUCGCAGUGGUUCGGCGCCACCGGCUGGCCCGGCUACCUGCGCCCACUGCCGGCUGCGGCCGCCGAGGGCCCAGCGGCCGUGACUGUGGCCGCGCCCUCCUUCAGUCGAGCACUCAACCGGCAACUCAGCAGCGGCAUCUCCGAGAUCAGACAGACAGCCGACCGCUGGCGGGUGUCCCUGGACGUCAAUCACUUUGCUCCUGAGGAGCUCACGGUGAAGACCAAGGACGGAGUGGUGGAGAUCACCGGCAAACACGAAGAGAGGCAAGAUGAACAUGGCUACAUCUCUCGGUGCUUCACCCGGAAAUACACGCUGCCUCCCGGUGUGGACCCCACCCUGGUCUCCUCUUCCCUGUCCCCUGAGGGCACACUUACCGUGGAGGCCCCGCUGCCCAAGCCAGCCACACAAUCAGCGGAGAUCACUAUUCCUGUCACCUUCGAGGCCCGUGCCCAGAUUGGUGGCCCGGAAGCUGGGAAAUCAGAACAGUCUGCAACCCAGUAGAAGUCAUCUGCUUGCUGCCCAUCCUAGUUAGCCAUCAUUAGUCAUCCCCCUCUGUCAAUCUGUAUGCUCUUUUGAUACAUAUACUUUCUGUUUUUCUCAAAUAAAAGUUGGAAUCAACUGUUU